AUGAAGACUAAAAUGCAAACGAUAUGGCUACUAGUCACCAUUUUGAUUAUCAAUAAAGUUUGCUGUCAAGAUGGAUUCAGUGACCAAGAUUUUUAUCGGCUUCAACAAUACUCUAAUAAUGAUGCUCAGACUGAAACUGUCACCGGUUAUAAUACUAAUAUUAUGCAAAGAGAACAACACAAUCAACCAAUGACUUCUGUUGGUGUACAAUACUUAAGCGACGAGAACAAUGGUGAUUAUAACCGAGGAGAUCGUAGUAAAGGUAGAAAAGUUUACAGGAUAAAAAAUCCAUUUCAACAACAACAGGAGGAAGAUACGCCAUCUCAAGAUAGCAACACCCAAGACAGUGAAACUGGAGCUAGUAACCAGUAUACGGCUAUGCAAUAUUCUCUACCACCUGAAGAUUUCUUGCAACGAAUGCACGCGGAAAGUCCAUAUAAUCAGCAACAACAGUUAAGUACUCCAGUUUCAGCGUCACCCUAUUCAGCUACCCCACAACCGCAGUAUCAAUAUUCGACAAUUCAACCUUCGAAUUAUGAUAUAAAUCAACAAUCUAACCAGAUAUCGUCUCUCGAACCUAAAGCAUAUACCCCAGUUUAUCAAUCGAAUAUAAAUUCAUUUCAGUACAGUAACCCGAAUUUAUAUAGUUUGGAUAAUGCACAUAGUACACCCAUUCCACCUUACAUGUCUACCCCAUUACCAAAUACUCAGUAUUUAGGGACUCCUGUAAAUACCUAUGUAUCAAGUUCUUCUCCGAUUUACCUAUCUAGCCCUCAAAAUAUGCAACAGUAUAUAUCUUCUCCUAACACAAAUACUCAAUCAGGAGUUUUGGAUUACAAUAAUAACAGAGUAACUACUAUAGGUAGCAACUAUGAAACCAAUAAUGAUAUAAAUAAAAGGAGACAAAUUGAUCAUUAUGACAAUUCCGCCAAUGGAGUAAGGUAUCCCACAAAUAUUCAAAAUCAAUAUCAAAAUCAAAAUGAUUAUACACCAUCAACAGUCGCACCUACUAUAUCGACUUAUUCCGAAUCGUGGCAAAAUUCUAUGAACACCGGCUAUAACGCAUUAUCUAAAUCAGAAAAUGAGUAUCUGCAAACACAAUAUCAAAAUUUCAGAUACAAUAAUAACCAGAAAGACAGACAAGAAACAAACUCAGAAGGAUCUAAUAGUGAUACACAUCGUAUCGGCAGUAUGCCCUCGGCCAAUAAUGUAUAUUUAAAUUAUAUUCAACCUGAUUAUCAAUUUUAUAGUAACAUUAAAAGUCAAAGUAGGGAUUCUGAACCAGAGACAAGUAAAUCAGAAGUUUAUUCACAUGGUGACUAUGGAUGGAAAUUGUCUGAUAAAAAAUCAUAUGAGCCAGAGAUAUCUACUAAAAAUAAUUAUUUUAAAUAUCAAAUACAUAGUGUGCAACCGGAUUCCGGCGCGGUAAGCCAAGUGAGUUUCCAAAUGGACUCUAGCAAACCUUAUAAUUAUGAACCAAAUGCUAAGGCUGUAACGGAAAAUAAAUUAGAAUCAGAAGAUUUUGCUAGAGCAGCUGCAAAAGCACACGAAAAGUACAAACAACAACUAGAAGCUGGUAAAUAUAUAUCAAAUUCUCAAUAUAACAACAAUGGUUUAAGCAAUUCGUUUGGUGUCAAUUCGUAUUACAAUAAUGAUAACAUAAAACAAAAUAACAAAUUGUAUAAUUCUAAUGUUUAUGGAAAUUCACAAUCAGAAUCCGUUACGUCAUCACCAUUUUAUUACAUAAAUUCUAGGGACACUUUAGACAGUAGAACGAAACAACCUUUUGAUCACGAUAAAGCUUUAAAAAAUAUCGUUUCUAUUGACAUGUCCAACGUUGUUCAAAAUUCAGAUUCAUCUGUAAAGACUGAUACUGAUACAAGUAACAGUUCAUUUUACGGAGAUAAAAACAAUAUUUAUACGAUUAAAUCAAAACCAGAUGAUUAUAUAAGUUUGGAUAAACUUAAACAAUUAGAAUAUGGAAAGCAUCAAUUGGCCGAAUCGUUUUAUAACCUUGGGUCAGGUAAUAAACGUUUUGUAGACGAAGCGACACAAAACUUUGCAAAGCAGAUAUCAAACAAUCAAGAAAAUGCUCAAUCAUCAGGAAAUAUUAAUCAACAAGGAUUACAGCACUCGCAAAUAUCAUCCGAUAUUGCCAAUAUAUUAAAAUUUAAUGACAUACCGUACCGCUUAACACAAAGCUUAAAUUCUAACUCGCAAUAUCUUCGUAGCAACAACUUUGAUCAAAGUAAUAUUCCAUCACCUUUGCCUGUACGAAUCAAUCAAAAUGUGGAUAAUCAUCACAUAGAUGUUACAGCAGAAAUUCUUAGUAAAUUGAUGUCAAAUAAUAAACCAACUAACUUUAAAAUUAACAGACCUGAUACUGAUUCGCAGUCUGGUAAUUUAAUAUCAACAAUAAAUGGUUUUAAAGUUGCUAAUCCAUUUAACGUUGAUCUCAAAUUAGUUGCAGAUAUGUUAAAAGGAAAAACGGCCGUUGAUGAUAGUCAGAUGACAUCAUUUCGCGAAAUGAAUAAGCCUUUACCUAUGAAACUGGAUAUUUCGCAAUUACAGGAACUUCUUCAGCUCAAAAACAAUCAUAACGCUAUUGCCCUUAAUAAUGGUCUUAAUUCAUUUAGUAAUUCCUUUUUUGACGUUUAUAAUAGUGGGCGACCUCCUUACCAAGGUGUCAAAUAUUCACGAAGCGAAGAAGAACCAGAAAACAUUCCAAUAGCAGACUCUUCGAAUAAUCACCCAAUAGGAGCAGUUAUAGAACAAGACGAUGUAGUUGCUGGAGAAAUAAUAUCUGAUGGUUCUGAAUCGGCAGAGGAUAGUAAUUCAUCGAAUUCAGACGACGAUAGACCAAAAAAUGCCCUAAUUAGCUCUGGUCAUAGAGGUUCAGGAGACAGACAUAGGCAGAUGAGUACAUACUCUAGUCGUUAUUCCUAUAAACGGAAAUAUCCUAAGUCAGAAUUUGAGGAACCGUACCCACUUCUUAAGCCCCCUCCUCCUCACUCUUCACGCCAUCGCCAAGUACAGAAAGUGGAAAAAAGCCGACGACGAAGAGUGAUAAAACCUAAAAUGCUAAGAGUUUUUAAAACUGAACCUUUAUAUGAAGCUGGUACUUCUAUAGAAGAUGAUAUAAAGACGACACAUUUAAAACAUGUGCAUGUCAUGGCAGAGGAUAAAUCAGAUACAUUAAAUGAAGAAGAGACAGUCUAAUUCUUUAUUUAUAUUAUAAGAUUUUCUAA